AUGGAAGGAUUUCUCUUAAAAUGGACCAACUAUGUUUCUGGCUGGUGCAGGCGCUAUUUCGUGCUAACAAGUGGAAUUUUAUAUUACUCUAAUGAUAAAUAUUAAGAUUAAGAAUAGCCGUUCACACUUGCAGGGCCGGGGAUUUGCACCCCUGCAUCCUCUUCACCUAUGAUGAAAGCCUCGGCGGACACUCUCCUUGUUGCCUCAAACAAGGGAUUCGCACAACCUAUCUUGACUUCCAUGGCUCCUGGAGCCUAAGGGCUAACCACCUGGGUCGAAACUCCCAGUUUCUCGUUGGACAAAUGCCACCUCUUGAGUCCUGUUCGAGGGAGUUAACCUCCACUCGGGACUGUCGCCGGUCUUUGUCCUUUCCAAUGGUUGUUCAGGAGGUAAAAGCCCAAGUCCCACGGAUUAGCUCCGUAGGGCCCGAGUAAAACCUAGCCCGACAUACACAAAGGAUUCCCGGCUCCUUCCACCUAAAUCCCCAUCACUGGGCCGCUGCCUGCAGGUGUUGAGGAAAUAGGGUCGAGAGGUCGGGUGAUCUGUCGUCACCAUUUUUAUGUAUAUUACUCUAAUGAUAAAGGCAAACCCUAUAAAGGUGCAAUCCAUCUGGAUAUAUCUGAUGUAAUUCCACAUAAAGAUCCAAAAAGGAUCGAAAUAAAUACAGGGAUCUCCCGAGUUCACCUUAAAGCCUUGACAAUCCAUGAUGCAAAACUCUGAAUUGAAGCCCUCAAAGAGAAUAAAUCGACGCAAAAAGACGAAGAGCGGUGCUCAAAAGACAAAUUAAAAGGAAUAGAACCUUUAGAAGAUCAACAGAAAUAUCAAAAUAUUUUAAAUUAUAUAAGCAGAUUAUGAGUUCUUGAGUCAAUUAUGCAAGAGAAAUUAAGCUUGCUGCAAGAUGAAAUUUCAUCUUUUCCUCCGUCUCUGCAUGAUUUGAUGAAUGCUGCAAAAGAGUUUAAAUCGUUGUCUUUGGAUACCGUGAAUCUAAUAGAGGAAGAGUCUUCUAACUGCCAAAAGCAAAUGGAAAAUCUUGAGGAAAAGCUAGACCCCUCCUCUGUGAGCGAACAAAAGGUUUUGUCCACUUACAGAGGGGGUUAAUUUCUUUUAAAAAAUUUUAUGGUAAAAUCCUAAUAUGUAAAAUAAAUUGUAAUUUUAAUUUGUGUUUUAAGAGGCAAGCUGUUUAAAACUAAACAGAAUUAGCUGAGAUUUCAUUAUCCUAAUUAUCACUAUAUAUCAAAAUUUUGGGUUGGGUGGGUUUACCCCAAAAUAGGGAUUUUCCAAUGGUUUUGUUCGCUCACGCGGGGGAGUAAGAGAAAUGGAAACCAUAAAUUAUGAACAAAUUUACGAUAGACGAAUGACCCUACCAGCGCAAAUGAAUAGAAAACAAUCAUAUGACCCCGAAAUAGUAAGUGAAUGCGGGACCGAAGAAUUUGUUGAUGCAAGAAGCUCAUAUAGUCCAUCAUUUUGCGUCCCUGUCAAUGACAGGUCUCCAAGCAUUCCUGAUCAAAUGGAGUUAUAUCAUCGAGACUGUCUUCCUUGCAAAAAAGACCCCGACGCAAAAUACAAUAUAUGAAAAGUCUUAAAAGACAGCAUUGGCAAGGAUUUAAGCAAAAUGGCCGUUCCUGUCUAUUUUAAUGAGCCUUUAUCUAUGCUGCAACGAUAUAGUGAAGAUUUAACAUAUAGUAGCAUUAUUAAUAGAGCUUCUGAGUGUCCUGAUCCUUCUCUUCGAGCUGCUUUAGUAGCAUGCUUCGCUGUAUCUCCGUAUGCUACAACAUUAGGCAGGACUAUGAAGCCAUUUAAUCCUCAGUAAUUAAUAUGGAGGUGGCGACUAAUAUGUCCUCGAUGACGAUGCGCCACCCCCAGUAAAAGCCACUUUAUAGUCUAACCAGGGUUUAGGCUUUUUAAUGCCUUUCAACAGGAUAGAGCGUAACUCUUUUUCCUCCUAUCAAGUUGGCGAAUGGAUGUAUGGCCAAGCCUUUAACUCUUUAGCACCUGACUGAUAGAGAAGUCUUUUUAGCCCAUAAACUCUUGAGAUUCACAGUAUAAGACCCUCUAAUCGGGGAGACCAAAUGCUCCAAAUAGUUGCUGAUUUUCUUCCUUGCAAGCAGGUUGGCUCUAGUCGGAGGCAUGUGGAGCUAAGAAGAUUAAUGAGAAUACCUUUGAAAUCCUCAAUUUAAUAUAAUUUUUAAUCCUCUUCUUGGUGAAACCUUUGAGCUACAAAGGGAUGGCUUUCGAAUAAUUACCGAACAAGUUAGCCACCAUCCUCCUGUAGCUGCACUAUACUGUGAGCACGAAAAUUAUACUUAUUAUGGAGAUUUACAAGCCAAAAGCAGCUUCAAAGGCACUUUUCUUAGAAUUAAGCCAGUUGGAGCGGUGAACCUAAUGCUCCACAAAUGCAAAGACCACUAUACCUGAAAUAAAGUAUAUACUGAUGCUAAUAAUAUAAUCAUAGGCAAGCUGUUUCUGGAUCAUCAUGGAGUAAAGACGAUUGUUAAUAAAAAUAAUGGUAUCACUGCAGUUGUAAAAAUGAAGAAAAAAGGAUGGUUCAGCAAAAAAGAGCAUGAAGUAGAAGGGACUAUAACAGAGCCUGAUGGCACCAUAAGAUAUACAAUUUCUGGGCUUUGAUCAAGAAGGUUGAUAAUUAGAGAUGAAAAAUCAGGGGAAGAAAUUUUAGGGUAUGAGGUUGAGCCUUCUCCAGAGGAGUAUAGAUAUUAUUAUCAUUUGACAGAUUACGCAUUACAGCUUAAUAACCCACCAGAAUCUGUACCAGGGCUCUGCCCAACUGAUAGCAGAUGUAGGCCAGACCAGCGAGCUUUAGAAAACGGUGAUGAAGAAACUGCGAUAAGUGAAAAGUUCAGACUUGAAGAAAAACAAAGAGCAGCCAGAAGAGUUCUGCAGGAAUCUGGAGGUGAAUACUUCCCUCGGUGGUUUAGUCUAGAAGGCAACGAGUGGAAAUAUCUUGGAGGAUACUGGGAAGAAAGAUCAAGUGGCUCCUUUACUAACAUUCCUGAUAUAUUUUAA